AUGCCCAUCCAACUCCGUGUUCAAAUGCAGCAUCAAGAACCUGCCCUCCUCUUCCUGAUAAAGAAUCCUCUGUUACUUGGCUCCUUGGAGAGUAUCUCAAAAGCAUCCAGCCUUAAGAUAUCCAACUGCUUCAGGGCAUCUGCCAUGGCUGUCUACAAGGUCAAGCUCAUUUGGCCACGGGGAGAGGAGCAUGAAUUUGAUGCUCCAGAAGAUACCUACAUUCUGGACUCAGCUGAGAGUGCUGGCAUUGACCUGCCUUACUCUUGCAGAGCUGGGGCAUGUUCUACAUGCGCUGGCCAGAUUGUGUCGGGUGCUGUUGAUCAGUCUGAUGGAUGCUUCCUUUGA